UCGGUGUUAAGUGGCACCUGUUGAGACUAAAUAGUCAGGACAUGGUGGCUAUUCUUUAGAAAAUAUUGUAACGUCAUGUGAAGGAUGAGCAGCGAUCCCUCCCUUUUGUAUUACGGUUUCACUCCACCUGGUGGUGCCUCCACCUCACCUCCUGCUGCAGGAGCUGCUGAAUCCUCCACACCUUCUCAGCUAUUAGCUUUUCCACUCAGACCGUCUCUUAACAAUCGUUUGGCCUUUGUCUGCAGUUUCGAUGCAAGCAACGGGUUUUUUUGUACAACACAUGGAUUGUGUGUCCCAAUCAUGAUUUCUGGAUCGCGCAGAUACCAACUGCAGGUCUCAUGGCAUAGCUUAGGAAAAACUGUCUGAUGUUACCCUGGAACAUCCUUCUGGGUCGUCAUGGGAUGUGGCACCUCUGUUGCUACUGAGACACAAAGGAAAGGAGUAGAGACAGAUGACACAGUUAAGACUCCCAGCCCGGCUCUGACUAUGAAGGCGGCUGUUUUGAUCCAGCGAUGGUACCGGCGCUACAUGGCCCGUUUGGAGAUGAGACGCAGGUAUACCUGGAACAUCUUUCAGUCCAUCGAAUAUGCUGGGGAACAGGACCAGCUACAGCUCUCCAGUUUCUUUAGUUUCAUGCUCGACAACUUCACUCAGCUGAAUGGAAAUGGGCCAGAUUUGAUCUCCCAGCUGCUAGACCCGGUGGUCGAACCCUGGUUAGAAAGAGAGACCUGCUACAACUUGAUCUCUGUCCCAGAAUCAUACACAGGGCCCCGACUAUCAUUUCCUCUCUCCGUCUCUGAUACAAAUGCCCUCCUCAGUGCAUUUAAGGAGCAGCAGACACUACAUGCCAGAUAUGUUCUGCAGCUGCUGUACGAGACCAAAAAGCUCCUCAAACAGAUGCCCAACAUCAUCCACCUGUCAACAUCCUACACCAAAGAGAUCACUAUAUGUGGUGAUCUGCAUGGGCGGCUUGAUGACUUACUUCUCAUAUUUUAUAAGAAUGGCCUUCCCUCUGCGGAGACGCCGUAUGUGUUUAAUGGGGACUUUGUGGACCGUGGGAAAAAGUCGAUCGAAGUGGUCAUGCUCCUGUUCGCCUACCUUCUGCUUUACCCCGACUACAUGCACCUGAACCGAGGAAACCAUGAAGACCACAUAAUGAACCUCAGAUAUGGGUUCACAAAAGAAGUCAUGCAGAAAUAUAAGAUUCAUGGCCACGAGAUCCUCCAGCUGUUUCAGGAGGUUUUCAGCCUUCUGCCCAUUGCGACAGUCAUUGACGGAAAAAUCCUGAUAGUUCACGGAGGAAUAUCAGACGAGACGGACUUGGACUUCCUCAGCUCCAUAGAGAGGCACAAGGUGAAAUCUGCCCUGAGGUUUCCCAGACACAGUUUGGAGCAGCUGGACAUCGGUCAGUCCUGUAGACAGAUGAAAAGAAUGAGAUCGACAGACGGCUCUCGUCCCAGCAGUAGUCGCAGCCACUGCAAGAACCAAAGAACCCCUAACCAGAGAAAGAGGCGAUGCAGGCUCAGCCGACAAGACAGCGCUGCCUCCACUUCAUCCUCCUCCUCCUCCUCCUCAUCCUCCUCGUCUUCGCUUUGCUCUCCUCGAACUCCGUCCAGCCUCACGCCGCAUCCUUGCCUGUCUUCUCCCAGCAUGCCUUACACUAUCAAUGUUCUCCAAGUGCCUUUCCUGGACUCUCUGUCCUCUGUUUCCCCUCCUACACCUCCACAACAUGAACGGGAAUGGAAACAGAUAGUGGAUAUAUUGUGGAGUGACCCUAAAACCCAAGAAGGCUGCAGUCCCAACACAUUCAGAGGAGGAGGGUGCUACUUUGGCCCUGACGUCAGCCAGAGACUGCUGCUCCAACACGGACUCCAGUUGCUCAUCAGAUCCCAUGAGUGCAAGCAGGAGGGAUAUGAGCUCUGUCAUGGUGGACGGGUAAUCACCAUUUUCUCAGCGUCAAAUUAUUAUGAAGUGGGAAGCAACCGUGGUGCGUACAUCAAAGUGGGCAGAGAACUGGUUCCCCGCUUCUACCAGUACCAAGUCAGCCGCACAACACGCAAACUCACCCUAACACAAAGAGUACGAGCAGCUGAAGGCUCUGCUCUCAGGGCCCUGAAGGAGAAGCUGUUCACUCAUCGCUCUGAACUGAUGUUGGGCUUCCAGCAGUUUGACUAUAAUAACAACGGUAGGGUGUCAGUCAGUGAAUGGGCUCAGGUAUUAGAGUCUGUCCUGAGACUGGACGUGCCCUGGAGGACACUGCGUCCACACUUAGCCCAUCUGGCACCAGAUGGCAGAGUGGAGUAUCAGUCCUGUUUUGAGGAUAUGGGACCGGGGAUUUCUUUGCCUCAGGUCACUCCAAACUUGGCUGAAACUCUGUUCAGAUACAGGACAGACAUUGAGAUAAUAUUCAACAUCAUAGACAAAGACCAUUCAGGUCUGAUCUCUGUUGAGGAGUUUCGUCACACCUGGCGUCUCUUCAGUGCCCACCUCGGGGUUGAUAUCAAUGACAAAGCCAUCGAUGAUCUGGCCCGAAGUAUUGACUUCAACAAGGAUGGCAGUAUAGACUUCACUGAGUUCCUAGAGGCCUUCAGAGUGGUACACAAACUGGACAACAAGGAUCAGCAACUCAAUGGAAAGGUGGAUGGAGACAAGUAUUCAUGAAGGGAAGAAUCUGAAUGCUAACUUGCGGGAAGUCCUGCAUGUCUCAGCAGAGAAACUCGUGGAAAGAAAGUAGGAAAGCAGGGAUAAGUGAUAUCAUUUAGUAUUUCUUAAGUUAGGUUCUUAGCGGAAAAAUCCACCUUUAAAUACCUGAACACUUAAAAGUAGCAUUGUUUUGGUGACCUUACAAUUAUUGUCUGUGAGAUACCUCGUCUACCACAGAUACAGCAGGAGCAACAGUGAUGCAGCACUUUUAGCUAUGUACACAUCAGUACUGUAGUAUUACAUGUACUGAUGACUGAAGGCUUCAAUAUUAGAAGAAAUAGGAACACACUGACAUUAAUGUAUGGGUUUCAGCUGGUGUGUGUUCAACUGGUUACCAAUAAUGAAUAAAAUGGCUCGUUUGAAAUUAA